AUGAGUCGAGGAGCUGCAGCAGGUCCCAAGGGGAAAAAGAAGGGAGUGACUUUCACCAUUGAUUGUGGAAAGCCAGUGGAGGACAAGAUCAUGGACAUUGCAUCCCUGGAGAAGUUUCUUCAGGAGAGGAUCAAGGUUGGAGGCAAGGCCGGUGCACUUGGUGACGCCGUCAGUGUGACCAGGGAGAAAAGCAAGAUCACUGUCACUUCUGACAGUAACUUCUCUAAGAGGUAUCUGAAGUACUUGACAAAGAAGUAUCUUAAGAAGCACAAUGUGCGAGAUUGGCUUAGAGUGAUCGCUUCCAACAAGGAUCGGAAUGUUUAUGAACUAAGGUACUUCAACAUUGCCGAGAAUGAAGGGGAGGAGGAAGAUUGA